CAUCCGUGCUGCGGCUGCCGAGCGGUCCAAGAGCGCCGCGGUCCCCGGGGCGUCCCAGGGGGCGCCCGGGAGGACGCCGUCAAACGCCUGUGGCCCGCCGAGCAGCCAGGGAGCGAGCGAGUGUGCGGGAGUGCAGCAAGCGAGCCGGGCGGGGACCUCGUGGAGCCGCGGGGGGACAGCGGGCUGCUCUUGUUCCAGGGCGCAGCCUCCAGCAGCGAGGCCGCUGCCAUCCUCGCCGCCAUGGCCGACAUGUCGUGCUUGUCCGUGUCGCUCUUCAUCAUCGUCCUCACGUGCUUCCUGGCGUCCGUGGCGCGGCGCGUGGCCGUGCGCCGGACCCGCGGCCGGCCGCUGGUGCGCGGGCUGUUCCUGGAGGGCAUCGCGACGGCCGAGCUGUGCGGCUGUUGCUUCGAGCUCAUCAUAGUGGCCGACAACUUCGGCGUGCUCGCCUACGCCGGCGUGCUGUUCGUGCUCACCGUGUGGUGGUCCAACGAGUGGGGCGACGCCACGGCAUGCCCCUACACGCACCUGGAGGACGUCCUGGACGGCAAGGCCGACGUGAGGGAGGCCGCCCUCAAGAUCUGGGCGCAGCUUACCGGCGGCGUGCUCAUCUUCCGGUACAUCCAGCUGCUGUGGUGGCUGGAGCUGUGUGACACGCACAAGAACAGGGCCUUCGAGGCGUGCACCGCGGACUUGCAGGUGCCCGUCAUGGCGGGCGCCAUCAUCGAGGGCGUGGCGACCAUGCUGUGCCGCCUCGCGUCGAGGACCAUCGCCGACCUGCAGCCCAAGUUCUCGUCCAUCAUCGAGUCCUUCAUCGGAACCUCUCUCGUCGUCCUGGCGUUCAACUUCUCCGGCGGCUACUUCAACCCCGCGCUCGCCACGGCGCUCAAGCUCGGCUGCAAGGGCCACACCACCUACGAGCACCUCAUCGUGUACUGGGCGGGCGCGUGCGCCGGCGCCGUGGCCGGCACCGUGCUCUACAAGGUCCCCGCCGUCAAGCGGCGCCUCCUGGGCGAGGACAAGGCCAGGAAGCUGCUCUAGACGUCCCGUUUGGCCGGGCGGUUUGUGGACAGCUAUUUGCGGGGUUUUCGGGUCACCUGAAACAGGACGCAGGUCCUGCUCCAUGCAAUCACGCAACCGCAGAUAGCCGGCCGCAAACCGCAUCCUCGAUAAUUCAUCAGGGCUACUCUGGAACUGUCUGCUCGGCAACCAGGGGUGAAUUUAAUGUCCACAGGAGUCUUCAAGGCGGGAUUUUCGCGCCACUUGUUCGAAUUGAUAUCGUACCGCCCUGCGGCGGACUACUGAGCUGUGUUCCUGGACUCGGCACGGUUUGGCUCGACUAGAAGACGCACCUUGGAGAGCUAGGGAGGACAAGCCGAGCCAACCCGCAGCGGUUUGUCUUUGAUUUAAAAUUGAGGAGCGAAAGUCCCGCCUCGAAUGGAACAACCUGUGUACUACAGUCGGAAGGCGGAUGGUUCACAGGUCAAUCAUUUACGAAAAAGAAUCGUCCUUGCCAUUUUCAAUCGAACGUCUAGUCUGGAAGGUUGUUGCUGCAUGAGGAACGAGUGGUAUAGGCAGCUCCAAACAACCUUAAUGGUUACCCUAUACUUGCCCAUCGAGCAUUUUUCCUGUGCACUGAGUACUUUUUACAAAGAGAACAACUUUAAAAAAUAUCCCAUACAGGCACAGAAAUGCAAGCCAUGGCAAGUGGGAACGUAAUGAUGGAGCCAUAAACCAUACUGACCUCAUUCCAGAAUGCCUAAUUCCGUCCAAGGUGCUGGAAAUUGUCACUUAUGUAUCUGCCUUAAAUAGAACACUAUCAGGCUGAUAUUGCCAGUUACCUACUGCUAUUUAAUUUUGAAGUGCAUAAUUGUGUGUUGAUUAAGAGUAUUUCUCAUAUUAGCUCUCUACUUUUUAAUGUGAUUUUUGAAUUGUAUAUUUUAAUUAGAUAGAUAUAUUUGAGAGUGAAGAAAAAGCAUGUUUUAGCUUAAGUGUAGCAUCUGCUCUGAACCAAUGUACCUGUCAACAUGUUUCUGUCCGAAUAAAGCAAAUGGUACUAAUCUUUUCACCUAUAAUUGUAAAUUGAUACGCAGAAAUAUACAUUGAUUAAAUCUA